GCUCCUGCCUCUUGGUCUUUCUUGUGCACAGCCCCACACUGCUGACUCAGUGCCUUAUUUAGUCUCCCUCUCCACUGCUGUAGUUGGACCUUUUGCAUUCACAGCCUCUCAGCAUCUGCAUAUAUCCCCAUCAUGGCUAAAACAGCAAUAGCCUAUAAAGAAAAAAUGAAGGAGCUUUCUAUGCUCUCACUGAUCUGCUCUUGCUUCCAUUCUGAACCUCGGAACGUCAGUGCGUAUACAUAUGAUGAUAUGGAAGUCAAACAGAUCAACAAGCGCGCAUCUGGACAGGCUUUUGAGUUGAUCUUGAAGCCACCAUCUCCAGUCUCAGAAGCUCCUCGCACCUUGGCUUCUCCUAAGAAGAAGGAUGUGUCUUUAGAAGAUAUCCAAGCAAAGUUGGAAGCUGCAGAGGAGAGGCGAAAGAGUCAGGAAGCCCAAAUCCUGAAGCAACUGGCAGAAAAGAGAGAGCAUGAGAGAGAAGUUCUCCAAAAGGCCCUGGAGGAAAACAAUAACUUCAGCAAAAUGGCAGAGGAAAAACUCAUAAUGAAAAUGGAACAGAUCAAAGAAAAUCGUGAAGCUUAUUUAGCUUCCCUCAUGGAACGUCUUCAAGAAAAGGAGCGGCAUGCUGCUGAGGUCCGCAGAAACAAGGAGCUCCAGGAAGAGCUGUCUGGGUGAAAAUAUCACAUUAGUAACACCUUUGCCUAUAUAAUUAUGGAUCGUGCGAUAACAGUAUGGAAAAUGUAUGACAUCACAAAAAAAAAUGAAACCAAGACAAAAAUCUACAAGAACUCAUUACGGAAAAAAAAAUGCAGUUUCUUUGCAGAAUGAUUUGCUUGAUGUUUAACUAAAAAUAACAAUUUGGGUCUUAUUUUGUAAAUAUUUACAUUUUUGUUAAAAAAUACAAGUAUUGCAUUAUGCAAGUUAUUUCAUAAUCUUACAUGUCCUGUAACAGGCUUUUGGUGUUGUCUGUUUCCUCUAAAAUGAAUCUGCUGGUCUUUCCAAGAUACCCAUGUUUUAUGAUUGGAUUCCCUGCCAUUUUUCCUUUAAUCGAACAAAAUAAUUCCAUAAGGUAAGAGGUGGUAGGAAAGCCUACCAUUUCCUAGGUGUACCGAAUAUUUUGUAAGCUUUACAUUUUCUUAAAUUGGUCUUUAUAUCCAAGAAGUGCAAGGAUGUUAGUAGGUCAGUUGUCCAGAGAGAAGCAAAUGUAGUGUCAAUAAAACUACUUUCCUAGUUUAUCAUGAUUAGACCUUUACAGUUUUCUGCGUGUAGAUCUGAAGCUACCAAGCUGUAGUACAUGUCCAGCUGUUCUUUAACUGCAGUUCUGAUGGUCACAGAAGCUGUUGGAAAUCAGCUGGGGAAGUACAGGCUGUUUACCCCAGUUGUAUGUUACUCUACUUACUCAAUUUGGUUUAAGGCUAUUACUAAGCAAAUAACCUCCUAUAAUCUAAAUAUGCCAAAUUUCCUUAUGAUGCAAACAAAUAAAGUACCUGCAUAGGACAUAGUGAAAGAACGCUAGAGGUAGGCAGGUGUACAUUACCUGCCAUGGCUGUAGAUGUCCUUCCAAUUUGUAUAAAAUGGUUCAGUUCUUAUCUAGGAAACUACAUCAAUAAUGUUGGGGUAUGUUCUGGACUAGAUAUGAGUGUGUGAAGUUGAACACGUUCUUUUAGAAGGUGUUGCCACAAUAUAGCUCUUUAACUCUUUGGAUGUACAAUUCCCUAAAACUUUUACCAUUUUAUGAAUGCAAAAGGACAUCGGGAAUUGUCGCCCAACAACAUCUUGAUGGCUAUUCUUUCACUACCCAUAUUUCAUAUGUUGCCUCAACAUGGUAUCUUGUUCAAUUCAGGGUUCAAAGACGUAUAUUUCCUCAACAGUGCCAGGAUAUCUUUAUAAGCAAAAAAAAUGUUGUUUUGAACAAAUGCAUAGGGUCAAUUAAACAGGGUGCACGUGCCAAGUAUGACGUAAUUAAACAGCCAACACACCUAAACAUAGCUGGAGUUUUUUCAAGUUGUCCCUACCCCAUGGGAGUAUCUGCCUGCAUAUUCUAUUCUCCAUUAGUGCUAUUACCUGUAUGUCAUUGUGAGCAAGCUGUGAUUAAUAAAGAACUGGGGUUCUGUGAACUAAUAAA